AUGCGACGGAUGCUGAAAAUAGCUCCAUUUCUGCAACAGACCUCGAUGAGCAUCAACCGGCACAGCGGCGGCGGCUCCAACAUCCUCCGGGGCGGGAAGCGGUCGUACGAGUGCAGUACGCUCGUGGGCAACUUUGUCGAGGAGGCGUACCGGCCGGGCGUGCCCAAGGCUAAGGGCCUCUCGUCGGCCAUGUACGUCACGUCGACGCAAGACCAAAUGAACCACGGCGCGCCGCGCCCGGCCUUCGGCGCGGGCCUCCAGCCGAGCAUGAACCCGCGCUACGACUACAACAACAUUGUGGGCGCGGACCGUGACGCGUCGCCGUCGACGUGGAUCUCGCUGCAGCGGUCGACGCACGCCAACAGCGCAACGCCGACCGAGUUUGCGGCGCCGCGGGAGCUCAAGGGUAACUGCCCGGCGCCCGAAGAGAUGGAAGUGAUUCGCACCAAGUGGACGAAAGAACAGGACGGGCUCAAGGCGCAGCGCUUCAUGACCGAGGCUGUCUUCACCCAGGGCGGCGUCGUGCCGGACCGGUUCCGGCAUGAGCUGCUCUUCAAGCCGCAGCAUGACGACGACGAAUGA